AAAACCCGAAAGAAACGAUUAAAAAAAAAGAAAAAUGAAUCCUCCAAAUCUCCCUCUUUUGCUUCUUCUCGUGUUCGCUUCCACCAUAAACGCCCAAUUUUUCCCAAAGCCCUACUGUGGUUCGACCGGCAACUUCACCGCCGACAGCACCUACGAAACCACCCUCACCACCCUCCUCUCCUCCAUCUCCACCACCAAGUCCUUGUCCCUCACCUACGGCUUCUUCAACACCUCCUCCGCCGUCUCCGGCACCUCCCAAAUCCUCUACGUCAUUGGCUCCUGCCACGGCGACCUCACCGCCGAGAGCUGCCGCGCCUGCCUUGAUGCCUCGGCCUCCGACAUCCGCCGCCUCUGCCCCCUCCAGAAGGAAGCGGUCCUCUACAGCGAGAACUGCACCGUCCGGUACUCUAACGCCUCGAUCUUCGGCACAGUCACAACCGACCCUGGCUACCAGUUGUCCAACGUGAACGAUGUCACGAGCCCGGACACGUACAACACGGCACUAAGGAGCCUGCUGGAUGGUCUGCAAGCCGAGGCGGCAGGCGGCGACUCACUGAGGAAGUACGCAACGGGGGACGUGCCCGUGGGGUUAUACACGAUCUAUGCGAUGGAGCAGUGCACGCCGGACUUGACAGAGCAGAACUGCAGAAACUGCCUGGCGACAGUUUUCCAGAGGCUCGUGGUUUGCUGUGCCGGGAAGAUGGGAGUGAAAAUCAUGGCUCCGAGUUGCCAGAUACGGUACGAAACCAAUGAUCAGUUCUUCGACCCAGUUGGUGAGCCACUUCCGCCGCCGCCUCCUGCUGCGUCACCGCGGCAGCUGCUGUUCGGCCGCCUCCAGCCGCCGUCCACCGCCCCUAGCUGGUCCCAAAGGUCGUCCUCGACCUGUAGGUGGAAUCCCUAG